AUGGACCCCCAGGUGAAGCAGGCCCUCCUGAUGCUGGAUCGACGCACGGAUGCCGGUCCUGUUGCUGCGUCCUGGCCCUGGUACCCGCACCCCGCACCUGUACGCCCAGUCCUCCAGGUGUACGUGCGGCUGCAGCUGCAGGCUUCAUCCUGGUCCCGGGUGAACGGUGGCUUCAGACAGCUUUUCAGUCUGCUGGCGCUGGCUUGGCGGUGCUUUGUUAUGGAUAGUCGCAGCUGUGCUUACGAGGGAGCGCUGUCGGCGCGGCGCGCGGGAGGCGGCCGAGUGGCUGCGUCCUCCUCGGUGACGCCUGCCUGUCUGUGCGGCCUGUGCCCGCCCUCCGCUGCUCCCGGGAAGCGUCCUGCGGAGGCCGGUGACGCUCAGCCCUCCGGUCCCGAGCUUGCCGGUGGCAGCGGGGCCCCCGGGUCCCCGCCGGCCGCGCCGCGGGACGAGGGGGCGCUGCGGCCCCGCGGAAGCCCCGCCCGGAGGCGGCCCGGGCCUGUGCCUCUGCCGUCCGCAGCGCCAGCAGCCUCCUCCGGGGGUCCUUGGAGGGCGCCCCCCCUCCCCCCGCCCCCGGUGCCCGGGGACGCCUCGUCCUUCCGGGCCGCAUUCAGCAGGCGCUCUGGCUCUGGCCGGGUGCGCGAGGGGAGGCGCCGGGGGCCGCGCGCCCACAUCACUGACUGCGCGAAGGUUGCUGCGGGGCCGCCGCUCCCUCUGGGAACGGGAGGCGCGGCCCUGCGCGGUGGUGGCGCAGCCGGGGCUCCCCCGGGAGCUGGCCAGGUUCCGGGGCGGCCCCGCCCGCAAAUCCUCAGGCGGAGCAGCGCAACUGACCCCUGCCGCAGCGGGUCCGUCUUCCGGGCGGACAAGCAGGCAACCAAAACCAGGACCGCACCGCUGCGCGACCCAGGGUCUGGACACGCCUACGACGUCCGGCUGAAGCUGACGAAAGAGGUACUGACAGUUCAAAAGCAAGACGUCCUCUGUGUCAGUGGCAGCAACCACAGUGCGAACCACAGAACAGUUACGCUGCGACAGCCCGGGGGCGGCUUGGGCCUGAGCGUAAAGGGAGGCUCUGAGCACAGAGUCCCUGUCGUCAUAUCGAAAAUAUUGAAAGACCACACAGCUGAGCGGACGGGCAUGCUGUGUGGGGACGCCGUUCUGCAGGUUAAUGGCAUUCAUGUGGAAAAUGCAACCCACAAAGAAGUGGUGCAUCUUUUGAGGAAUUCUGGAGACGAAGUGACCAUCACUGUUGAGUAUCUCAGGGAAGCGCCAUCAUUUCUGAAGCUCCCAUUAGGUAAGGAGGGGCAAAGCGGGAAACACUCGACUGGGACCUCCUGGCCCCUCUUUGACAGCGGUUUGCAUCUGAACGGAAACUCCGGCCCCACGGCCCCGUCCCCACCUCCCUCGCCCGCAGCUGAUGAACCAAAGUACGAGAAGCGCUGGCUGGACGCGUCGCUGCCCCUGUCCAUGGCCCGGAUCGCACGGUGCGGAGUGGGGGUGGAAGAGCUGAGGUCCGGCGCGUUCAAGGUGCUGGCCCCAGACGGGGGCAGCACGGGGCUCCUGCAGUGUCAUACAGCCCAGGACGGCGCCGACUGGCUCAGGGCCGUGUCAGCAAACAUCAGCCACCUGACGCUGCAGAACGUGAGAAUGGUGAAUACGGGCUGUUCUCCUGGUGACCAGGUUGUGCACAUGGGGUGGGCCAGCGAGAGGCUGGAUGGGGCCGGCUCCUCUCAGACCUUCAGACCCAAGUUCCUGGCCCUGAAGGGCUCGUCCUUCCAUGUCUUCGUGGCUCCUCCGGUGAGCAUGUUAGACUGGGGCCGAGGGGAAAAAGCCUAUGACCUCUGCAAGGUGCUAUUUAAAGUUCACCAGCUCUGGCUUCUGGACGACAGCUGGGCACCAGCUGCCCUCUCCCUGGGCCUCGGGGGCCCCGACGGCCAGGACCACGGGCCCUACUGCUUCAGCGUCCUCGGUGGCCACGGCGCGAGCCACGUGUUCAGCGUGGGUCUGGGGAGCGAGCUGGCCGCGUGGGAGAGGUCCUUCCAGAGGGCCGCCUUGCUGGAGGUGCAGAGGGCCGGGUCCAAAACAUACCUGCGCAGCUGGCGGGGAGACGCGCCGUGCUUCACAGUGGACUUCGCGCUGGGAUUCAGCUGUUUCCACAGUAAGACAAAGGACGUGCUCUGGAGAUUUAAGUUCUCUCAGCUGAGGGGAUCUUCGGACGACCAGAAAACCCGAGUGAAGCUGCUGUUUGAGAAUCUGGGCACCAGGCAGAUCGAGAUGAAGGAACUCGAGUUUCAGGGCCUGACGGCUGUUCUGCAUUGCAUCCAUGCCUUCAUAGGAACAAAGGUGGCCUCGGUGGACCCCGUAUUUGUAGACAGUCAGAGCAUCACAAGAAAAUACAUGAACAGCCCUUAACCAGUGCUUCUGUUGAGGGCUGAAAAUUAUUUUCUUCAGAAAGGAGUGUUUCCUGCACACUGUUGCCCCUUUGUGUGACUUUAUGAUGAUCCCAUAGUUGUGACACCACUAAAUAUGUCACUAGUUUCCAGAGACGGCGCAGCCUCGUUCAGUCUGACGGGGCGUGCAGCAAAGCUGCAGGAAGCUCACCCCAGGAAGUGGGUCCCAGCCCGCCACGGGGGGAGCCACAGUUCAUUUUCAUGAAACACACGAUGUAAAAUCCUGGAGCUCCCCUGUUUAUUUUCCCCAGGAAUGAGAAGCUUUCCUUUGCAUUCUGCUUGCUACCUUGCCCUUUCUCUCGAGGAGGAGGGUGAGAAGUGAGCAGGAGGCUCUGUGGGAGGAGGAACACAGCCCUGUCUGAUGUCACGUCGUCACCAGGGAGCUGCUGAACCCGAAUCGCGCAGCAUUUACAUGCUGCCUCGCGUUGUCUCACUCACAGCCUAGAGCCUGAAUCUCUGCUUCCUCAUCCCUCAGGUCACCGCGUCUAAGGUCCCUCAGGUCACGCCGCUUUCUGCUCUGGACGUUAGAGCCGUUUUGGAUUUUCUUGUAGCAGCACUGGCCGGAGUUAGGAGUCGAGGUCACGCACCCGUUUCUCCAGGCCGACAGCACACGAGCAAACUGGGGCCUCGGACCGAAAAGCAGAGGCAGAGGCUGCCUCCGUCAGCUUCUGCGGGAAGGCUCAGGGGUGACACUGACAACUGAUGUCCCGGGAGGUGGCGACGCUUCAGUGAUUGUCCCCGCC